GCCGGCGGGUCGGGCGGCCGAGGAGAAGGAGGCGGUGGCUGCCGGGGGGCGGAGCGGCGCCUUGCGGCGGGGGCCUGAGAACCACCCUCCCUCCUCUCCUUCCCGCACACACUCUGCGGGAGACCCUCUCCCCUCCCCCCAUCCCGGCUCCUGCUCCUUCCCCUCCCUGCCUGAGGGGGAGGCUGCAGCCUCCGGGCUCCCCCCCACCCACGCCCCCCGCCCCGCACUGGGUCAGGCUGUCAGGGCCCCGGGGAGGCAGCCACAGAGGGGGCUGGGGCUCCUGCCGCCUCUCUCCCUCAUCUCCCCCCGUUUUCUUCUCCCCCCCCCCUUUAUUCUCCUCUCAUUCCCUUCCCCACUUCUUCAUUUGUCACUUUUUCUCUCCCUUCUUCCAUCGCUCCUCCUGUCUCACAUCUUGAUUCCCCCCCCAUUUAUUUUAUCCCCUUUUUUCCCUCCUCUUCCUGAUUCUCAUCCCUUCUCUGGCUGCUCUGUGUAUGUGCACAGCGCGCUUCUCUGUCUUUCCAGGGAAAGUUGGGAGCCUCCAAGUUUUUAGUCUAUUUCAGGGGGUGGGGGCAUAGAAGAGGGGAGUGAUGUAGAAGGCCUGGGGGAUCUCUGUGAAGGUUUUGACCUAGAGGAUGUGGGAAUGGAAGGGGUAGGCUUGUCAAUACUCUCAAACUAUUCCAGGGGGGUGACUUCAAAUCUUUUUUCCAGGGGGGAGGGGGAGUGAUCGUUUUAUUUCUAAAAACUGGCGCAAAAAGCCCCAACAACCCAAGGAUGGAGUUUUAGUAGCCAACCACGGCAGAACUCUUGGGGGGGAAAAGGGGGGUUUGGGGCGCACAGGCUCACGUGUAUGUGAAAAGAUUUGUCAAAUUGUUUGGCUUGGUGGAGAUGUGAAGCUAGUUGAGCUCAAUGCUUUUAAAGGUGGGCCGUGUAUGAUGAAACCUGACUUCUUUUAAAGUGUAGCAAAUUUCAUUUUUUAUGGCCAAAUGACAGCUUGACCCAGUUGUUAUCCAGUCAAAGGGCAUUUUUUUGAAUGUCUCUUUGUGGCACAACAGCCAACGCAAAAAUGAUGGCGGCUUACAAUGGCGGUACGUCUGCAGCUGCAGCAGGUCACCACCACCACCAUCAUCACCACCUUCCUCACCUCCCCCCUCCUCACCUCCAUCACCACCACCACCCUCAACAUCACUUGCAUCCAGGUUCUGCGGCUGCAGUACAUCCCGUACAGCAGCAUGCCUCUUCGGCAGCUGCGGCAGCCGCAGCUGCGGCCGCAGCUGCAGCCAUGUUAAACCCAGGGCAACAACAGCCAUAUUUCCCAUCACCGGCACCGGGUCAGGCCCCUGGACCAGCUGCAGCGGCCCCUGCUCAGGUACAGGCUGCAGCAGCUGCUGCAGUUAAAGCGCACCAUCAUCAGCACUCACAUCAUCCACAACAGCAACUGGAUAUUGAGCCGGACAGACCUAUUGGAUAUGGAGCCUUUGGUGUUGUUUGGUCAGUAACAGAUCCACGAGAUGGAAAGAGAGUUGCACUCAAAAAGAUGCCCAAUGUCUUCCAAAAUCUGGUCUCUUGCAAAAGGGUCUUCCGGGAAUUGAAGAUGUUGUGUUUUUUUAAGCAUGACAAUGUGCUCUCCGCCCUUGACAUACUCCAGCCUCCACACAUUGACUACUUUGAAGAAAUAUAUGUUGUCACCGAAUUGAUGCAGAGUGACCUCCAUAAGAUUAUCGUCUCUCCUCAACCACUCAGCUCGGAUCAUGUCAAAGUUUUUCUUUACCAGAUUUUAAGAGGUCUGAAAUAUCUACAUUCAGCUGGGAUUUUACAUCGAGACAUUAAACCAGGGAACCUACUUGUGAACAGCAACUGCGUUCUGAAGAUUUGUGAUUUUGGAUUGGCCAGGGUGGAAGAAUUAGAUGAAUCUCGUCACAUGACUCAGGAAGUUGUCACUCAGUAUUAUCGGGCUCCGGAAAUCCUGAUGGGCAGCCGUCACUACAGCAAUGCGAUUGAUAUUUGGUCUGUGGGCUGUAUCUUUGCAGAACUACUUGGUCGAAGAAUAUUGUUUCAGGCCCAAAGUCCCAUUCAGCAGAUGAAUAUUUUUUCCUCCCUCUUACAGCCAUCCCUUCCUGUCCUAUAUACACUUUCCAGCCAAGCUACACAUGAAGCAGUUCAUCUCCUUUGCAGGAUGUUGGUCUUUGAUCCAUCCAAAAGAAUAUCCGCUAAGGAUGCCUUAGCUCAUCCGUAUCUUGAUGAAGGGCGAUUGCGAUAUCACACUUGUAUGUGUAAAUGUUGUUUUUCCACCUCUACUGGAAGAGUUUAUACCAGUGACUUUGAACCCAUCACUAAUCCCAAAUUUGAUGACACUUUUGAAAAGAACCUCAGUUCUGUUCGUCAGGUGAAAGAAAUAAUUCAUCAGUUCAUUUUGGAACAGCAGAAAGGAAACCGAGUACCUCUCUGCAUCAACCCUCAGUCUGCUGCUUUUAAGAGCUUUAUUAGUUCCACUGUUGCUCAGCCAUCUGAGAUGCCGCCAUCUCCACUGGUUUGGGAAUAAAAGUAGAAGAUGAUAUACUACUGAAGAUGUAAUGUAGCUUUCCACUGGAGUCUGGGAUUUGCAAUUCUGGAGGUUAAUCAUGCUUGUACUGUAAUUUUACUAAUGAAGUUUUAAAUUAACAACCACUACUUGUAUGAUACAAAUAAUAUUUAGAGAUGUACUAGACUUUUAAUCUUGUAAAGUGGUUGUGCUUUUAGGAGAAAAUAUUUUAUCCAGAGUUGCACAUGUUUUAUGAAUUCUGGGGCAGCUGUGAUGGCUCAGCUUGGAACAAACAGAGAAUUGAACUGAAUUUGGGGAGGUUGUUUUUUUGUUUUGAUUUUUUUAAUUAAGGUGAGAUUGUAAAAAGGAUAGACAUGCAGUUUGAUAUUGAGCCAUUCCUGAAGAUUUGGGGUUUUCUAAAAUUAAGGAAUACAGAGAACUUGAUUGCGACCAAUCAUGAAGUCACAUCAGAUGACAGUGACCAGACUAUGAAUGGACACGUCACCUGAUGAUCAAAUCCUAUAAAUAGCUUCUCACUAGAGCUGUGAUGGUAAUGUGUGCUGUUCUAAAAUCAACUGUUGUGAGUAGAGAGAAUGAGUUUGUGACUAGGAGAGAAUAAACUUCUGUUUCCUUACCCGGUAUAAAUAUAUAUAUAUAUAUUUAAUCUAUUUUUAUUAGAAGUUUUUCUGCUCUUUCUUACAUAAAACCCCCAAGCAUGCAUCUUCUAUGUGUGUAAAUAAUUCCAUUUAUGGGCUAAUUUCAAAGAAUCCUGACAUCAUUGCUGUAUAGAGAGAAAUUAGCUUGCACAUUUUAGGUCUGUGAAAUUUUGUGAGAACUUUUUCCUGCACUGGACAGUUGAGAAAAAAAAAGAGAAAGAAAAGGAAAAAAAAAAAAAAAACAGCACAUAGGGAAUUAUGUUAAUUGUGUUUGUGUCUUUAGGCAAAGCUGUGGAAGUCUUGAAAUGUCACAGUAGUAAAUAACUUUUAUUUCUUUUUGGCUAAUUCUUUUUUUCUGUUGGAACACUGAAUUAUUCUGUGCAUAUGUAUAUAUGAACACAAAUUGAAGGCCUCUACCUCCUGGAGUAUACAACUUGGUUUGUUUACCUCCACAUGAUUAUUUUUUUUUAAGUUCAGUGUGGAGACUUGAAACUUGAAUGUCCCUUCCAACUUUUAUAUUUAAAACAAGACAAGAAAAUUGAAGACUGUUUUUCACCUGUACAAAGAAAUACUAAUCGAUGGUCUUAAAUUUUGAGCAUUGGUCUGGGGAAAAACCUUGGUGUUUGUUAUGGACAAUUAACUGUUAAAGUUAUUGUAAGUUAUCUGUAUUUAGCAGAGUAUUUUCAACGAGUGAUCUGAGCUGAAAUUGGAGACUAUUAGUAAGUUAUGUUUGGAAGUUUUAACUUCAAUGAAGUAAUUAUUUGCUGUGAAAGAAACAAACAUUGAAUUACUAAACAAAGAUGGUGCAAUAUCUUUGUUUUUUAUGAGGCUCUUGAGAAUAAAACCAACUGAAACAUUUCAAUUCACUUGAAUGAGAAACGUGUUUAAUUAAAAGAGCCCAAGAAGACACUGGUAUGAAAGGUAAAAUCUCAGAGGUUGGACAGUUAAUGUGGCACACUUGCUGGUCACUUUGUAAAAUGUAGAUUUGAAGUACAGUGGUGAAAACAUUAAAUGUGACAUUUGAAAAAGAA